AGCAGAACGAAGGCACCUAAUCACAUUCACCGGUGAAGUAGUUGGAACCUCCGCCAUCGUUUCGAUGCAUUCGAGAAAGACACUCAAAUGACAAGUAUGACAUACCCACAAAACAACACUCCCCAUUAAUUUGAAACCAAAGACCCUGUGAGCUUCUCUUCCUCUCUCUCUCUCUCUCUCUCUCUCUCACUGACAGCCUAUACCAAUGGCUCGCCUUCUCAACACCUCCUUCCUCCCCAGCUCUCAAACCCUCCGCCGGAGCCCUAGUUCCUCUGCGCCGGCUCUAAUUUCCGGGCGCCGGAGCAGGCUUCAAGUCCAGGCAAAGAUUCGCGAGAUCUUCAUGCCGGCGCUGAGCUCUACCAUGACUGAGGGCAAGAUCGUGUCUUGGGUCAAGUCCGAGGGCGACAAGCUCUCCAACGAGUCCGAUAAGGCCGACAUGGACGUUGAGACUUUCUACGACGGUUACUUGGCCUCAAUUAUGGUCGAGGAAGGAGGCGUCGCCGCCGUCGGUUCAGCUAUCGCGCUAUUGGCUGAGACCGAAGAGGAGAUCGCCGAGGCCAAGGCAAAGGCCAGUUCUUCAUCAGCAGCACCAACAGCGGCUCCAGCUGCAGCAACUCCAGAGCCGCAACCGGAGAAAAUUCCGGAUAAUGUAGGUCCCGCGGUGGUCCCUAAGGCGGCGGCUGUGGCGGCGGUGUCUUCGACUCACCCCGCAUCCGAGGGAGGAAAGAGAAUCGUGGCAUCGCCGUAUGCGAAGAAGCUGGCAAAGGAGUUGAAGUUGGAUUUGGGGGCAGUGGUGGGAACUGGGCCAUUGGGGAGGAUUGUGGCUAAGGAUGUGGAAGCUUUUGCUGCUCAGGUGACGGAGGUCGCUCCUGAACCAAGCGUUCGGAAGUCGGCGGCUGCUGAGGCGGGGAUUGAGUUGGGGACGGUGGUGCCUUUUACAACAAUGCAGGGGGCUGUAAGUAGGAACAUGCUUGAGAGUCUCUCAGUGCCUACUUUCAGAGUGGGAUACACUAUCACCACUGAUGCUCUGGAUGCUCUGUACAAAAAGAUCAAGUCAAAGGGAGUUACCAUGACAGCAUUGCUUGCGAAGGCGACAGCACUUGCGUUGGUUAAACAUCCUGUCGUCAACUCUGGCUGUAGGGAUGGUAAGAGCUUUACCUAUAAUAGCAGCAUUAAUAUUGCAGUGGCAGUGGCAAUCGAUGGUGGGUUGAUUACACCAGUGCUUCAGGAUGCAGACAAGGUUGACAUAUAUUCAUUGUCAAGAAAGUGGAAGGAGUUAGUUGAUAAGGCCAGGGCUAAGCAGCUGCAACCUCAUGAAUACAAUACAGGUACUUUCACUGUCUCUAAUCUUGGGAUGUUUGGUGUUGAUCGGUUUGAUGCUAUUCUGCCACCUGGAACUGGAGCAAUUAUGGCUGUUGGAGCAUCUCAGCCUACUGUUGUGGGUACUAAGGAUGGUCGGAUUGGUAUGAAGAACCAAAUGCAGGUAAAUGUUACUGCUGAUCAUCGUAUAAUUUAUGGUGCUGAUCUUGCUUCAUUCUUGCAAACGUUGGCAAAGAUUAUUGAGGACCCCAAAGAUCUUACCUUCUAGUCACUGACAUGUCCUGGCACAUUGUCAGGGAUGCCUCUUGUCUAUCACAUUGUCAGGGAUUUUCCUCUAUGUGAUCCUGUCAGUCAUAUUUCUAUGAUUGUUAAUCAGUUAGCUUUGGCGGGAUACUUGGUCAAUUUAAUGAAGAAUAGGAAAAGAAUUUUGAAUAUAAAUGCAUAUUGAGUUUUAGUUUUAGUUCGUCAAAGGUUGUCAUGAAUUCCGGCUGGCCGUUUAUUGUAUUAGUCUUUUUUGUUUUCGUUUCUUCUGUUGGCUAUAGCACGAAAACCGGUUGUUGAGGGUUGUAACAGUAUGUAUGGGUCGAUUGAAUGAAAUUUACAGCUUAAGCAUUUAACAUCAAAUGUAUUGCUAGUCAAA